UGUGGAGCUGUUUAAAAGAUAGCACCAGAAAGCUCGUAGUUAUAAGAACUGCUGUUUGUUCCCCUACAGAUGUCACCGUGGCGAUCAAUUACCAUGUUUGCGACUAAUGAAAAUGAUUAGCAAGCUAGCAUCAACUUCCAAGUGACUAGCUUGACGUCGAUAGAAAACGUAGCCAGCAGGGUUCUCAGCUGAUAACAGCAAUGUUUAUAGUUCUAAAAGACUUUGGCGAAUGAAUGAAGUUCAGCACAUCAUUACAAGACAUAAAGAGCUCUCACAAAUGAUGAAUGUGGGCGUAGCUCACAGUGAGGUGAACCCCAACACCCGGGUAAUGAACAGCCGUGGAAUCUGGCUGGCAUACCUGCUACUGACCACUGUACUGCACAUAGUCUUACUCAGCAUUCCAUUCUUCAGCGUGUCUGUGGUGUGGACCCUGACCAAUGUCAUACACAAUCUGAUAAUGUACCUGUUCUUGCACACGGUGAAAGGCACUCCAUUUGAAACCCCCGACCAGGGUAAGGCCCGUCUCCUGACGCACUGGGAACAGAUGGACUAUGGCAUCCAGUUUACGUCGUCGCGGAAGUUUCUCACAAUAUCUCCAAUCGUACUGUACCUCUUGGCCAGUUUCUACACAAAGUAUGACGCCACCCAUUUCCUUGUCAACACAUGCUCCCUUCUAACUGUGCUUCUACCAAAACUGCCACAGUUUCACGGGGUACGCAUAUUUGGAAUUAACAAAUAUUGACUACAGGGCUGGGAGAUUUCAGCUGUCACACACACACACACACCCACCCAUACGUCUCCUCACCUCACCUCACCUCACCUCAUGUUGACAAGAGACCAAGAUGGUUGAAUGAAUGAAUGAAUGGAUGAAGAAGAUGGGAAUGGGAGGAAACAAGGGCUCGGAGAAAUAUCUUUGAGUUAUCGCCUCAUCCAAGGGACUGUUCGUUGUCCUCUGUCAAGUGCUGAACACGUUACGGUUGUCUUCUUUGUUCAUAAUUUCUUUGUCUAAAUUUAAGCGGUUAUGUAUGAUGUACAAAACAUGGUUGUCUAUGCCUUGGUUAUCCAUGCAGGAAAAUGGUGACUUGUUUUAGAGAACUAUGUGAAAGACAUGGCCUGCGGUUACUGAUGUUAUAUUUCAAGAUUCCUUUUAAUGAAAAGUGGUAUGAAACAUGCCCCAUGCCUUGAAAGCAGGAGAUGCAAUGACCAAUGCAUAGACUAUAGAUAAGUGCUUCUCACUGGCCACUUUUCACUACUGAAUGUGUGCUAUUGCAUUAUUUAUUUAUUAAAAGUCAUUGAUUGCCUUACAUUCUUGUAUGUGAUGGUUGCCAUCAUACUAACACUUUUUUACUGUUUGUUUUGUAGAGUGGGUAUAUAGAGGGCUGACAAAAAAAAACUUAGUUUAGACUGUUGGUGUCCCAUAAAGGGGACAAGACCAAAUGCCUAAGAAAAAGCCACGCUGAGAAGCGUAGAGAGAACAUUGCAGUUGUGAUAAAAAGUGAACGAAAAUUCUUUAGUUUUACUCAGUGCUGUGAUUUUGUUUGUGUUAAAGUAUUUGAAAUAGGUCAUAUCUAAAGAAUAAUUUCUGGAAUUCCUCAGUUGAUGGCAUCUCACCAUAUGUCUGCGACGUUUCACUGAUUCUGAUUUUAUUUUGACUGUCUCCCACCUACCCUCCCACCAACAGCACAAUCGCUAAAUAAAAGUAAUUUGCAGUACAA